AUGAGUUUCCCCGGCGCAGGGCCUCCGCCUGAGGGCGUGGUGCCGAAUCUGGAGCACCCCCAGGAUGUACUCAAGUCGUGCAAUUACGUCACUCAGGCCUUGACCCUCGUGUUUGUGUCUGCCUUUGUUGCAACUCGAUUCUACGCCAAGUCCAAGGUGAUGGGAGGGGGCACGACUCGUGAUGACUGGUUCACGUAUUCUUCCUAUGUGCUGAUGGUUGGGUAUUGUAUCACAGCCUGUGUUGCUGGGACAUAUGGCGGUGGGCUCAAUCAAUGGGAAGUACGGAAAGAGCAUGCACAGAUAUUCUUUCGGUCCGGAUACGCCGCCACAAUUUUUUACGCCCCGAUGGCCUUGACGGUCAAACUUGCCCUCCUCUCCAUCAUCAUACGAGUCUUUGGAUCAGUCCACAAGAAAACAAUGAUCGGCAUCUAUGUCUUCAUCGGUAUGCUGGUAGCAUACUACGUAUCAGGUGUCUUGAUCAAGAUAUUCAUCUGCUGGCCCAUCAGCGCAUACUGGAAAGGAGAGACGGACAAAUGCCUGGACCAGAGUGCCAUCAUCACUGCCGAUGCCAUAAUUAGCACCGUCAGUGACUUGGUCAUUCUGCUGUUGCCUACUCCUCUUACUUGGUCUUUGCAGUUGUCUAAAAGAAAGAGGCUUCGAGUUAUUGGCAUUCUUUGCGCCGGAGGUGUGGCAACCGCAUUUAGCAUCUACCGUCUCGCAAUGAUCCUGCACGAGGGCAAGUCACCAAACCAGACCAUUAUCUUUACAAAAGUCAUCCUCUCUGGUAACGCGGAGGCCGGAAUUGGACUCAUUUGUGCAUGCCUCCCCUCCAUCAGCGCUCUCCUGGUUCGGCGUCAAGGGUAUCCCUACUACGGAAACCAAAGCCACUCAACUCAUGGCGAGUUCGGUCGGGGAGAAAUCAUGAUGACCCGAUCUUUUCACGUCGAGACGGGCAAGGUUGCCAAGGAACCGCAGCCCGACGUGUACGACCUUGGUCACGAUGAGGCGGGAUUGGUCGCCGGAGGGCAGUCCAAUCCGAAGAGUAAUCUUUCUAGCCGGAGGGGGUCUGAGUCUACAAGUUAA